CGGGCGGCGUCUGAGGGCGCUCCGGCGCUGCUGCGGGGUGGGAUGCGGCGGUGGCGGGGGGAGCUGCUCCUGCUCCGGCUGCUCCUCCGGCUGGGUGGCGGCGCGGGGGAACAAUGGGCUCCUUCUCCUCGGCCCUCAGAGGGGCCGUGGCGUAAGGGACCAGGGGAAGCGCGGCUCCGCGCCUGGGUUGCACCAUGAGCUCCGCCGAAAUUAAGAAGCCACCAGUGGCUCCCAAACCAAAAUUUGUCCUAGGACACAAGGCAGCGCCUCCACCUGUUGCACCAAAGCCCGAUAUUGUACUUUUUGGUGGCAUACAAGCAGCAAGGAAAACCAAGCCAGCAAUUGCACCGAAACCAAAGGUUCUCAAGAGCUCCUCCAUCCCAGAAGUUAAACCUCCAUCGUCUGCACGAAAAAGCACAAAGAGCUUUGAGGAGCACAGGGAAGAUUCUUCUCAAACUCUAGACCAUUUGAACUAUAAAAAUGAAAUCUCAGAAGGGAGUACUGGAAACACAUCAUAUAUUCUGCCUGUGUCACCUUGCAAAUUUGAAUGCCUUCAUAAACUUGGAAAUGGAGAGAACACUUGUAAAACUCAGAUAAUUCUUGAGCACUUUGACACCUUAGAGAACACCAAGCUUGGUGAAAGAAAUGCACUAUCUCUGGGGGACAGUCACAGAGAAAAAUUGGCAAGUAGAAGUCAGGUGGUUUUGAAAGCCAGCAUUUUGGAAGAGAAACUUAAGGAUGUCCUAACUCAUGGCGUAUUUCCUAACAGCAGUCCUGUGAGGCACAGAUAUGCAGACAAGUUUGAUAAAGGGGAUGGCAGCUGUUCCAAGAAUGAUGUUAAAAUAGAGUUUAUAGAACUUGCACGGUCUUCCUCAUCUUCUGAGGUAGCUAAAGGGAAGCCACAAAAUGCUGAUGGUAAGAUUAUUGCUGAUAGGUUUCAGAUGUCUGAAAUUUGUCCUAGUUUGACUGAAAAUAAUCACAGUUGUUCUUCCCUAUUGGACAAGGAAACUCUAGAGAACGAAAAUUUAAGUAGCAAUAGAAUGUUUUCAGGUGAAGUGGGGAUAAUAGCAGAUGCUGAUAAAACCUCCCCUGAAACAUCUUCAGUCCUGAGCUCCAAAGUGCUUCCUAUCCCUAAGCCAAGAAAGCCACGUGCUGCAUGUCUAGUCCGUCAGGAUGGCAUAGACAGCACAGGGGAAGGAACAAAAGAACCAUCUAUUUCAGAGAAAGAUUCUGGUGGUGUUGUGGACCAAAGCCUAAAAAAGCCAGCAAGAAUUAAUGUCCUUGGUCAAAGUGUUUGUUAUAACAAUAAUGCGGAGGUGUUUCAUCCUGAAAAAUGUGAGGUAACUGAAAGCAAUGCAGAAAAAAUGCCUCAGGAAAAGGAGCCUGCUGUGAAAGAGUCAGCUUCACAAAACCUUUUGCCUCAGUUUUCACACGGAAGUCCUGAUUCGGUGAGACAUGUUGAGUCUUCUUUAAAUGCAGACCAUAACUCCGUGGAUGAGAUAACAGAUGACACCAGUACACCAGAUGCUGUGGACAAAAGGACUGACUUUGUCAGGUGUGAUACUCUGUCCAUGAGUUUGCCAAAGCAGCUCAAAUUGGCAAGCAGUCAGCACCCAUCUGCUUCCAACAGCCUCCAUAUUUCCCCACAAAACUUGGAAAAUAAAGACGUUAAAAUAAAGGAUGAGAGUUCCCCAAAAGUUAUUCCUAAGAAACCACAGAGGCAUGGCCUUCCAGCUGCUGGCCUGCUGAAAAAAGCUGCAUCAGCAGAGCUUGUGGACAAAAGUUCUUACACCUCCGGUGAGGACAAAUCGGCCAGCCUUCUAGAAAGAUCUCACUUCGCACAUUCACGAGCCAAGGAGCAGGAUACACUUUCAUCCUGUGACAUACCCAAACGUUCUUCUGAAAAACCCGUCUGGAAGUUACCUCAUCCUAUUCUUCCAUUUUCAGGAAAUUCUGAAUCAUUAAAAACUGCUACCAGCUUAAGCCACUUGACUGUUGUGACAAAGCCUAGGGCCAAGUCUCUGUCUGCUGUGGACAUGGACAGGACAGACAAGCCCUGCAAAGACCAUCACAAGAAAAAUAGCUUGAAAAAGCUUCUGAACAUGAAACUGUCAGUUUGCUUAAAGAAAAGUGACUUCCAAAAAUUUCUGUCUAAAGGCAGCCAGUCAGUGGAGAGUGCUAUUGCCAACCUUUCCAGUGGGGAUGGUUAUGGAAAUAACAACAGGAAUAUAGGGUCUGUAGGCAGUGAAAGGAAAGCUAAAUCUGCCAAGGUGCAUUCCAUAGAAAUAAAUAGUCUGGCAUUACAGAAGAAGAGGCAGAGAAACAGAAGUCAACCUGAGAUGCGAAAUAACCAAAGGCUGGAGUCUUUAGAAGGACAUGGACUCUCCCAAGAGAAUUUCUCUCAAAUGUCUUUGAGUUCAGUAACCAGCAUUUGUGAUCCAGAGUACGAGAAUGUGCGUCACUAUGAGGAAAUACCUGAGUAUGAGAACUUGCCUUUUGCUAUGGGUGCUAGGAGAAAUCUCUGUUCUGAAUGGCAGAACUCCAGCAGCAUGGAAGACCAGAGCACUGACUUCUAUGAAGUUGAGGAGCCUUGUGAAGCUACAAGUAGGCGUUGGAGACUUGACAGGUCCUUAGAAGAACACCAUGAUCAUCCCAGUGUCGUAAUGGGAGAUCUUCAGUCAGAUGAAGAAGAUAUCAUGAACAGUUCUGAUGAAGAUGAUGACACAAAUUCUGAUUCCAGCAAAGGGGAGACUGAUCCUCAAGAAGAUAAACAGGGUAAGGCAGCUGGAAAGAAAACAAAGGUAUACCAUAUUGCCAAGGAGAUCAUGAGCUCAGAGAAAGUGUUUGUGGAUGUGCUAAAGCUCUUACACAUUGAUUUCCGGGAUGCUGUGGCACACGCCUCUAGGCAACUUGGAAAGCCAGUGAUUGAGGACAGAAUCCUGAAUCAGAUCCUCUACUACCUACCUCAGCUCUACGAACUCAAUCGGGACCUCCUGAGGGAACUGGAAGAGCGAUUAUCUCACUGGCUUGAGCAUCAAAGAAUUGCUGAUAUAUUUGUUAAAAAGGGUCCCUACCUAAAGAUGUAUUCAACUUACAUCAAAGAAUUUGAUAAAAAUGUUGCAUUAUUAGAUGAACAGUGUAAGAAGAAUGCAGCAUUUGCAUCAGUAGUCAAAGACUUCGAGAUGAGCCCCCGUUGUGCUAGUCUGGCCCUCAAGCACUAUCUGCUCAAGCCAGUUCAGAGGAUUCCCCAAUACAGGCUCCUGUUGACAGAUUAUUUAAAGAAUCUUUUAGAAGAAUCUGCAGACUAUAGGGAUACUCAAGAUGCUUUAGCUGUUGUCAUAGAAGUUGCAAACCAUGCCAAUGACAUCAUGAAGCAGGGAGAUAACUUCCAGAAACUCAUGCAAAUCCAAUACAGUUUAAAUGGACACCAUGAGAUCGUACAGCCAGGAAGGGUCUUUUUGAAAGAGGGAACACUGAUGAAGCUAUCACGGAAGGUCAUGCAGCCAAGAAUGUUUUUUCUGUUCAAUGAUGCCCUGUUGUACACUACUCCUGUUCAGUCAGGGAUGUAUAAACUCAACAACAUGCUGUCAUUGGCUGGAAUGAAGGUUAAGAAGCCAACCCAGGAAGCAUAUCAGAAUGAACUGAACAUUGAAAGCGUAGAGAGAUCCUUCAUUCUUUCAGCAAGUUCUGCUACAGAAAGAGAUGAGUGGUUAGAAGCUAUCUCCAAGUCGAUUGAAGAAUAUACAAAAAAGAGAAUCACAUUUAAUCCAAGCAAAAGUCUUGAAGAGGCAGAUCCAGAGAAACAGGAGGAAGACAGUCCUCUGGGAUCAAAGGCUCCCAUCUGGAUCCCUGACACGAGAGCCACGAUGUGCAUGAUCUGUACCAGUGAAUUCACUCUGACGUGGAGAAGGCACCACUGCAGGGCGUGCGGGAAGAUUGUCUGUCAAGCUUGUUCAUCAAACAAACAUGGCUUAGACUAUAUGAAAAACCAGCCAGCUAGAGUAUGUGAUCAUUGCUUCAGGGAGCUACAAAAGCAAGAUAACCAGUGCACUCCUAAGAGCGGAUCCCCAAUCAAUCAUAAAUCUCCAUCAAGUGCCUUGUCUACAGUAUUACAAAGUAUUCCCUCUGGAAGAAAGCAGAAAAAAAUUCCAGCGGCCCUCAAAGAAGUUUCAGCAAAUACAGAAGACUCUACAAUGAGUGGUUACCUACACAGAUCUAAGGGCAGUAAGAAACCAUGGAAACACCUGUGGUUUGUUAUAAAAAAUAAGGUGCUAUACACAUAUGCUGCUAGUGAGGAUGUGGCAGCAUUAGAGAGCCAGCCUUUACUUGGAUUCACAGUCAGUGAAGUAAAAGGUGAAAACUCAGAGUCUAGAGUGUUCCAUUUACUGCACAAAAACACUUUAUUUUACAUAUUCAAGGCAGAUGAUCCCCAUUCAGCUCAAAAGUGGAUAGAAGCUUUUCAAGAAGGCACUGUAUUAUAGCAGUGUCAGCAUCGUGUCUGCAAGUUUAAAGGAAAAUAUCCAGGGAUGGUUAUAAAACAGACUACAGCUACUGUUCAAAGAAACAGAAUCCUGCCAUCACAAC